GGCAUGGGGAGGUUUGAUUAUAGAGGGAGAUGAUUGAAGGGUGAAGAAGUGAUAUGAUAUGAUAUGAUAUGCAGCGAUUAAGGGGUUCAGUGUUGUCGGCUCCCAACCUUAGGAAGAAGUAUCUCAAUUCAUGGGCUGCCAUCCAAGAUACCUAUUUUUCCACAAAAGAUACCUUCGAGAGACAUCGCGUCGUCUUCACCGUCGGAACUUCCCUCGCUUCCGUUGCCACUGCUUGGUUCGGCUAUUCCUUGCGCCAUUUGCAUGAUACCAAAGUCGAUCAAAGGCUUCAAUCCAUUGAAAAUGCUAUGAAGAACCAUUCCACUCUCCAACAUUCCGAACUCAAAGACAUUGUCGCAGGCUCCGGAGGUUGUUCUAUUCCUUUUUGUGUCGCCACUGCCGGAACUUCCUUGAUUAUCGGGUAUGGCUUAGGAUGGAGAGGUGGAGGCUGGUAUGCAGCUAAGAAGUUCAGAAAGGAGCAAAUGAAAUUGCUAGGACAGAUUACUCCUAGAAGAUGGCAAUUGCUUGGGAAGAUAAAACCUAGAGGGUUGCAAUUUCAGUUCCUUAGAAGAAAAUUUACGAGAUCCAAAGUGUCUGAUACUGCCCUGAAAACAUCUGAAACAAGUAUAAAGGAUGCAUCUACCACACAUAUUGCUGGAAAAUCCCAUUAGUAUACUACUUCUACAAAAUGGUUCUUUUAAGCUCCAAUAUUGAUAGAGAUGGCUGCAGAUACUGGAUUGGGCAUUCAAUUAGAUACAGAACAACAACAUAGUUAUUACCAAUUAUCAUCAAUUUUUGCACUGAUAUUUAUAUUAUUUUGGCCUGCAGUUGCUCGCCCUUAUAGCUUCAUAAAUUCUUCAUCCUUCAUGUGAGGACUGCUUUAAGAACUUGUGUUUUUAUUUUGAUUGUUAAAUUUAUAAUGGAGGAAAUACACAUCCUUUAAUUUUGGGGGCUGGUAAA